CCACGCGCCGGCGGGGAGCGCGCGCGGCGCCGGUUGGGCCUCGCGGGGAGCCGUUGGCGGCGGGAACGGGACCGGGAGCGGGACCCGGCCCGACGCAGGAUGUGCUCCCUGGGGCUCUUCCCCCCGCCGCCCCCCCCGGGCACCGCCACCCUGUACGAGCUCAACAACGACCUGGUGUACGGCCGCCUCUGCGAGCCGCUGCCGCUCUCCUGCCAGAGCCAGCUGGCGGGGCUGCCCGCCCUCAGCUUGCCCAAGGACGGCCUGAAAGCGCCCGGCCGGCCGGAGCACGGCACCCAGCCGCCCUUCCUCCACCACCGCGAGGCUCUCUGGAAGCGGUGCGUCAACGUCUGGCGGGAUGCGGGGCUCUGCGGGCUGCUCAAGGAGGUCGCCAGCGCCGAGGAGGAUGAGGGUCUGCAGUGGUUGAAGACGGCCUCGAGGUCCGCUCUGGCCGUGUGCCGCUGGCUCUCCUCCCUGCACGGCUCCCUCUUCUCCCACCUCUCGCUGACCAGCGAAGACAUGAUCGCUGCCUUCUCCCAGGCGGUCGACUGGGCCGGCUGCACCGUGCGCGCCUUCGCCUGGCACCCGCACACCAGCAAGUUCGCGGUGGCGCUUCUGGAUGACUCCAUCCGGGUGUACAACUCGAGCAGGUCUCCCCGCUCCCCCGGCGCGUCUCAGCAGGCGUGUAAAGCCCUCCUUAAGAGACGACUCUCCCGGCUCGUCCUGCGGCCCCCCCAGCGCCUCCCCCCUGAGCCGCUCUCCCCCAGCUGGGAUUUCGAGCCCGCAAGUGCCAGACCUCACCCCGGGACAGGGCUGUGGGGAGCACAGGGCUUGGCGUUUAACCACAUGAGGUGUGCUCCGGCUCACCGCGCCGGUGUCACCUGGCUGGGGUCCCCUUUGUGUGCUGGGAUGCCAGGCUCUGGGGUCCGGCGUCAGCAGCUGGUUUAUUUUCCUCCCCUUCCCUCCAGGCCCUCGUCUGGCUGCGCCCAGGUGCUCUCCUACCCCGGGCACGGCCCCGUCACCAGCCUGGCGUGGGCCCCCAGCGGGAAGCUGCUGCUCUCGGCCUCGCCGGUGGACACGGCCAUGCUGGUGUGGGACGUGUCCACGGAGAACUGCGUCCAGCUGCAGUGGUUCGGGGGCGGCGGUGUCACCUUCUUGGCUUGGUCACCGGACGGCAGCAAGGUGCUGGCGGCCACCCCCUCGGCGGUGUUCAGAGUAUGGGAGGCUCGGAUGUGGACGUGCGAGAGGUGGCCCACGCUCAAAGGCCGCUGCCAGACGGGGUGCUGGAGUCCCGACGGCAGCCGGCUGCUCUUCACGGUGCUGGGCGAGUCCGUCAUCUACUCCUUGUCCUUCUCCGAGUACAGGGGGGAGAUGCAGGGGCAAGUGGGGGGCUCGAAAACAGCCUCCAUCGUGGCAGACCUGUCGGAGACCACCUUCGAGACGCUCUACGGGGAGGAGAGGAUCGGGGGAGAAGUGCACUCCAUGGUGUGGGACCCCACCGGCGAGCGGCUGGCGGCGAUCAUCAGAGGGAAUCCCGACUCCCCCGGCAGCCAGACGGUCGUCGCCGUGUUUCGUACCCGCAACAGCCCCGUGUUUGAGCUCCUGCCCUGCGGAUUCCUGCGAGGCGAGCAGGACGCGCGGCCCCAGCUCAUCGCCUUCCACCCCUGCUUCCAGCAGGGCGCCCUCCUGACCGUGUGCUGGUCCACGGGGAAGAUCAGCCACGUCCCCUUCUUCUUCGUCAGCGCCCACGUCCCCUGCGCCAGCCCCAGCCGCAGCCCCGUCGUGGCCAUGCCCAGCGCCAGCGCGGGGGAGCGGCCCCUCUUCUCGGAGCUGUGAGCCCCCUGCCCCAAAAACUGGGCUCGGAGGCGGUUCCCUCUUCCUCCCGGGGCC